UGAUUAGUGAAUCAUUCCAAUUUCCGUCAUCCUUCGAAUUGCAUUUGUACGUGGGCGUGAAUAGGGCUUAACUUUUUCGGAAGAAAUAUUUACGAAGUAAUUUACAUAUUUGCCAAAUGGCGGGACAAGUUGAAAACGGUGAAAUUAUCUCUCUAGAAGAGCAGAAUCUCCUGUACCAGGAAGCUGUAGAAACAAUAGCUCAAGUCGAAGAGACGCUGACAACUUGGCGACGUUAUCUCAUCUGUCCGUUCGAGAUUAGGAAGCGGAACGAGGAUUCAAAAUAUGAAAUGGUUUCCUGGUCGGGAAGGGCGGUGAUAUCCACCCUAAUUCUGUUGAUUGGGACGGUGAGCCACGUGGGGAGCGCAUUGGGCAGGAUUUAUUUGGCCAUGGUGGAAGGGGUUGACUUGGACGAUCUCUUAUGGUUGGCCUUUUCCGUGGGGUCGGCCGUGGUGGUGGUCAAGUUCGUGUACAGCGUCACCAUCGGGAGGGCGUACUGGUUGGAAGUGAUGACUUAUUUGGACGAGUUGGCCGAAUCUAUGAAACCCAAGGAGGACUGAGAAACAAAUUUGGAGUGAUUGCCAAAAACUAAUUUUUGAGAUUUGAUUUUAGAAAUACAAAUGGAAAUAAAAUAAAUUUAUU